UAAGCCCUCAGUUCCCAUUCCACUCAGUUAUCGUCGUUUUCGGUCGGCAACGGACGAUUCGUGACGUCAAUGUUAAAAAUAUUUUUUUAUUAUUAAUUUUAUUAAGCUAGUUCAAGAUCAUAGUGAAGACAGUAUUUCUUAAACUUUAUCAAGCCAUAUUACUGGAGUCGGCUCAAUUGCUUGGACAACAGACACAAAGUUGGCAUCUAAACGUAAGCUGUUCUACUAAUUGGCGCUGUCUACAAGGAAAAAGAUGAGUAAACAGAAAGAGUUUAAGUUUCAUGUGGUUGAGUUAAUGGAACCUCCAUCCAUAAACCCUGAAAAAUACAUUUGCGUACCGAAUUCUUGGAUAAGGUUACGUGAAACAUCAGAUGGUCCAGCUCUUGUCAAAUUUCCCGUUGAAGACCUAUCAGAAACAAAGAAACGUGUGGUUUUUUUGGCUAAUGUAAAAUACAGCACAAAUGUAAAUCCAAAGAGUGAUGCGGAUCCAGUGAGUGAACAAAUACCAAUGCAACUAGACUUGAGUAAGGCCGGGGGAAUAAUAUGCCGCAAGAAAAGUCAAGUUGAAACCACCGAUUCUCCUCCCCCCAAUGCCAAAAGAUAUUUUACAAGACAGUCACUCAGAACACCUUCAUCAAGUAAUAAUAAUAAUACCGUUAGUUUGCCAGAUGAAACUACGAAAAAGGAUCUUCCGUCAACUAGCCAUUGUGUUGAAAAUAGCGAUAAGACUAACAACAAUCAAGAAAACGAACAAUCAGCAAAUAAUACAUCAGAGCUAAUGAGAAAAUGGCAAAUUAUAACAGCCUUUCGGGCAAUGUUUGGUGAUAACUUCAAAGAAAUGUUGGAACAACUUCAUAGUAAGUAUGAACACAACCAAUUAGUGUUGGAGAAAAUGCAGCUUGCAUUUAAGGAAAAUUGUAGGAUCAUAAAAACGUUUAUUGAGCUAACGGAUGAAGCCAAGAAUGCUCUUUCUAAUAGUGAUCUUGAUUCUGCAGUGAAAGAAUUAGAAAAUAGUAUGAUGGAAGUAAAUAUAAAUGAAAGCAAAUCAGAUAAACCAACCGGAUCUAAAGUACAAAAGGACACUCGAAAAGAAGAAAAGAAACACAGCAUUGACAAUACAGAAGCUAAAAAGAAUAAUCCACUGAAUAAGAUCCGUGGCCAAUCGCGUAAAUUUACUUUACCACCAGAGUACGACCCGAAUGACUCAAGAUGGACCUUAAAGCAUCGGGAAAUGAAAAGAGGUCUCGUUGAACUCCUACCAUAUUCACGGAUAUACAUUGACGCCGUUCAAUUAAGCAAUUGUAAAAUAACCUCGAAAGACAGCAAGACUCUUACACGAGCGUUAUUACUAGAAAUUUUUACCGAGAAUGCAUUGAGUGUAUGUUCUCCAACUGGAAAAAAAGCCAAUGCAUUUGAGUUAGAGGGAACAAGUGUAAGGCCUGGUCUAGAUCAACAUGCAAGAACUGUUUUAUUGAACUACGUUAAAAAACAUGCGGCUGAAAAAAAUUGGGUUGAAGUUGAUUCGCAACUGAUUUCAAACACUAUUCGUAACAAAAUGCAAGAUAUAAGAGGUAAACAUCAAAAUAUUGUCGAAAAAUAAUUUGACUGUUGUUAUUAUUCGUGUUAUCAAAGUAUGCGUAUAUAAUGAUAUGGUUAAUGAGUUUUAUUUUUCCUCCUUACUUUCCCACCUAUCUAUGAAAAUAUAUAAAUACUAGCUUUUA